AUGCAACUCUUCGGAUCGGGAGGAGAGUCCAGAGAGCUUCUGAAGCGGCAUCACAAUGAUGCUGGUCCGGCGCUCACUCUGACUCAGGUCGGUCUUGGACAGUCUCGAGGAUACUUGCUUGUGCGGGAGAUGCCUGACGGGUCCGGCAUGAGGAGAUGGUGCGUCCUGAAGGAGGACAGAUUGUGGCUCUUUGAGUCCCCUGAUUCCCCCAAGCCCGGCCAGUCGAUCCACCUGGAGGAAGCUGUGGUGUCGGAUGGUGCGAGAUGGAGGAACACAGAACAAUCGAAUUCUUUCCAAGUGCGAACAGCUUCUGGACGGCAUUAUAUCAUGCAGGCAAAGAGCAGUGGGGAUGCAAACAUGUGGAUCCGAGCUAUGCGGCAGCACACAGCAAAAGAGACUCCCAAUCAGAUUAUGGAUAAAGCGGAGAGAGCGAUACAGAAAGCUGAAUUAGCGAACGCUCUUCGUCUUAGUCAGCAUGCCAGCCGAGUGCGUCGAAAGGAUGCAAUCAAAGCUGAAAGACCCGAUGUGAAAGCGACCACGGACGAGUAG